GCAUGACAUUUUUAGAUGAAAACUUGCAGAGGCCACCGGCAGGCGGCAGGCAACCCCAUGAAACAAGCCAUGAAACAUGAAGACAAAAAUAAAACAAUAACAAAAUAACGCGCCUUCAGUUCAGUCCAGGUCCAGUCUGUCCUCCACAGUCCUCCUUAAAUUGCAUGGAAUUGAUAGAAAUCGACUUGAAAUGGAGGAACUCCAAGCAGCAACAAUUGGAUCAAAUCCCGAAAGCAGAAACUAGUAUUCGGAAAGUCAGCGGAGAAAUUUCCUAUGUAGAUUUCUUCAAUGAAUUUAUGCAACCAAAUAUUCCUUGCAUCUUCAAGUCUGAGAUUGUUGAUAAGUGGCGGAGCAAGACUGAUUGGGUCGACGACCGAGGGAAACCGAAUUUUGAUUUUUUGGCAAAAACCUUUGGUGAUUCUGUGGCUCCAGUUGCAAAUUGCAGCCAGCAGUAUUUUAAUGCUCAGAAGAAAGAUGACAUGAGAGUAAACAAGUUCAUCGAAUAUUGGAAAAAAUAUAUUCAAGACGGGUACCCAACAAGUGAACAGUGUCUCUAUCUGAAAGAUUGGCAUUUCAGCAGAAAUUUUCCAGAAUAUGAUGCGUAUAAGUGUCCAGAAAUUUUUAGUUCAGACUGGCUGAAUGAAUAUUGGUCUGCCAAAGGUGGUGAUGACUAUAAGUUUGUUUAUAUGGGUCCGAAGGGGUCUUGGACUCCCUUGCAUGUGGACGUUUUUACAUCAUUCAGUUGGUCGGCUAACGUCUGCGGACAGAAAAGGUGGAUUCUGUUUCCUCCAGGAACGGAGAAAAAAUUAAAAAACAAGCUGGGAGAUUUGCCGAACCAACGAGAGCUAAGUGACGAUCUUUUGAAAGAAGGCAUUGUUGCUGACCAGUUUGCUGGAGAGACUAUUUUUGUUCCAAGUGGUUGGCAUCAUCAGGUCUGGAAUGUUGAGGACACCAUUUCAAUAAACCACAAUUGGCUGAAUGGUUGUUGUGUACGCAAUUCAUGGCUGAGUCUUGAGCAGGGUCUUAAGUCCGUAGAGAAAGAACUGGCUGAUUGUUCGGAUAUGGAUGCUUGGAGUGAACAAUGUCAAUUAGUAUUGAAAGCAGUUGCUGGCAUUGACUUUAAAGAGUUUUUAGAUUUUCUUCUUUUUAUUGCUAGGCAAAGGAUAAUUUGCCUAGAUGGGGAGUCUCCCUUGUCUGCAGGAAACACGUUACUGGGGAAGGAACAUGCAUACUUUGAUCUUUCAAAAAUUGUUGAUGUUCUCGAGUUAUUUUACAAAAUUACACCUAACCCUGACUGUGAUAAUGGUUUACAACUUAUUAAAGAAGUUCUCGGCAAGUACCCAUCUAGUUAA